UCGCGUGGGGUGAUGCUCGUCCAGACGAUGAACAGGGAGGGUGAGCGGGAUCGGGCGCCUGAUGUGUUGGCGCGCUGGAUCAAGGUGUUUGAUGACGUCCCCCCUAAGUGGGUGAACGCCAUCUGCACUGACUCCGCCUCGGCGUACGUCGCCGCGGCGAACAUGCUCCAGGGGCCUGAGCAGAGGCCAAAGCAUCAACGGAUCACGUGGCUCCCAUGCGCAGUGCAUAUCUGCUACAAGAUCUUGUCAGACAUUGGCUGUUCGGGCAUGUGGUAUAAGGACAUCAUCGUGAGGGGGAGAGCGGUGGUGCGCUUCAUUAAGGAGCACGGCGCCGCUUUCCAUAUCUUCCGGGGGGAGAGCAGGCAGAUGGGCCUCAUUUAUCCGUGCAAGACACGUUUCGCAUCCGUGUUCGCGAUUAUUGAGCGUUUGCUGGCAGUGAGGUCAGCAUUGGAGAGGACGGUGGACGGCGAUACUUGGGGUAUGGUCCCUUGGGACCAUUUCGUUCGUCAGCUGGCUAGGUGGGUCAGGUGGCAGGUGCGACAUGGCACUUGGAGGGAUUCCAUGGGCAUCCUGUUCCGUAUCAUGGAGCCUGUGUACGACCUGCUGCGCAGGUUGGACCGUGGAGGGCUGCACAUGUCGCGGGUGGUUGAGUGGACACAGGAUGUGGCCCGCCAGGUAGCAGAGGAGGUUUGUGCACUUCCGACCAAUCUUGCACACUACAUUGUUCAGAGGGUGCAGGCUCGAUGCGCUCACAUGUUGAAGCCGGCGCACGCCGUUGCUCACCUUCUCUGUCCCAGCCGGCGGGACUUGCGGUACUUCGAGGGCGUAGUCAGCGGCUACGACGAGAGCUUAGUGAGGGAGGCAGAGACUUACAUCUUGUCGCAGACAGGGUUCAGUGUAGUGAGCCCCGAGUACGAGACCGCAUGUGCGCAGUUGCGCGACUUUCACACACGGAGGAGGACGAUUGCAUGGGGGGGGAGGGACGGAGACAGAGAGGCACAAAGGUGCACGGGCGAUGCGGAGAGGAAUUGGGUCGUCCACGAGGGUGUACAGACGAAGAAGCGUAACCAGCUUGAGUUCAAGAAGGUCGCGAAGUUGGUUGAGAAUCUUGAGAUCUCAGCCAACGUCCGCCUUCUCUCUCAUCAGCGAGCAGACCGCGGGUUCGCGCUGCCGUGGACUCUAGAUGAGUCUUUGUUGGACGUGGAGGGAGGUAUCGGGACUCGCCCCUCGUGGAAGGGGACGGAGGAGAGUAGGACGCGGGAGCUCGAGGAUCAGAGACGUUCUUGGCAGCGAGACCCAUGUGGGUCCAGAGCUCCUCUAGGUGAAGUGGGCGAUGUUUUUGGGACUCGAGCCGCCACAUUGCACCCGUACCCUCAAGACGACAGUGAUUCCGAGGGUCACGAGGACGAGGACGAGCGGGCGGGCCCCGCUACUGCCACUCGUGCGGCAGAUGAGCGUGAUGAGUGGAGCGACCCAGAGGACGUCCGUAGACGGAGUGGCGGAGAUGACCUUUUCGUUGGACUUGAUUUGGGGGAGGAGUCAGGGAGUCGUCAUGGGAGCCCUCUAGAGCAUCAGAGGCCUACGUCCACUGCCCCGCGGUCCGUUGAGCGGGACGGAGAUCCUGGGUCUGUACCUUCGAGGGGGGCAGAGUCGGGGAUUGGUGGGGGCACCCCUGGCAUCGUCCUGCGCAUGAUCGUUGUGGCAUGGCAUCAUCCACCGCUCUUCCCACUUCGACGGAGCAGCUUCAUCGACACCAGCCCGCAAUGGUCGAUUGCACAGAUUGGUGAGGGGCCCGAGAUAGCGAUUGGAGGACAGAUUAGCGGGCGGUCCUUCACCGGUCCAGGGGGACGAGGGAGAUACACAGGGGUUGGCUGGUGGAGAUGGUGAGGUUCACGAUACGACGCAGCGGGAGGCGGCUUUAGCCGAGGCUUCGAGUAUGGGAGUGGAUGUUCGGCAGGGGACGCACGAGAGCGGGUUGGCACCAAUAGAGGAGCCACGUACGGAGCCGUGCAGCCUCCUGCCGUCCAGCUGAGGCCCGAGGAGACGUUGCAUGAGGUCGCGGGCGUGCCUCUGGCCACGGGUUUAGUUGAGGGUGUCGUGCAGAUGUCCCCGGGUCUGGAGGACAUACAGACGGGGCAGUCAGUGGGCAUUGAUGAUAUUCGCCCAUCGGCACAGGCGGAGGGGAUAGCACCGACCACCGGGGGGGAGGGGGGCGUAGCGGGGGCGGUUGAUGUUGGCGGGGUGGGGGUGCCUGUUCAGGCCGAUCCGAUGUCCACGUCUGGGGGGGGAGAUCCCGCACAGUUCGACAGACGUGACGCAAAGACUUUGGUGGUUCGCACUGCUGUGGGGCCAGUGGUGCCACAUCAGGCACCGUUUUUGGAGGACCAUAGGCCGCCAUCUGGCGGUGCUGCAGGGGGCUUACCUUCUGGAGGUUCCAUUGCAGCGCCAUCUGGCGGGGCUGCAGACCCUUCGUCACCCGCGACCGUAGCUCCGAGGGAGGGAGGCAGUCUCACCCCGAGGUCGGCUGCCUGUAGACGGAGAGACACUACCGAGCGUGCGCGGACCUUGCUGGACACCAUGUUGUUUGGUCGCAGUGAUCGGCCAUGGAGUGAGACGAGACGGGUGACGACGGCGAGUGCCGGUUGUCAGCCAGCUUUGAGAGGGGUUUCCAUAAGCGUGAGACGUCGAGAUGUUGUAGCUUCAGGGUUUGGCGGUAGAGGCGGUGGCGGCGGUGGCAGCGGUGGCGAUGGCGACGACAGACAUGAGGGCGCAUGCGGUGCCGCGGCGAGCGCAGUGGAUUCGCCCUUGACGUACGGUUUGAGAGAGGCGUCGAUUAUUUUGCAAGAGCCUGACGUUGUUACACGACCGAGGCAGGCCCAACACGUGCCCUUAGAUCGACGCCACGAGGGGGAGACUUCAGGGACAGACGCUCUACCUAUGGCAAGCGAGUCACGCCGACGUGACGACCUAGCAGCCGCAGGCACCAGGACGGUGAGAGGCAGGAGAGUCAUUAUGGACGACGACCCCGACGAGCGUCCCGUCGCUCUCGAGCCUUCCACUGCCAGACGCGGGGGGCAGCGUCACAGAGAUCGAGGACGUGGCAGUGGUCGGUCCCACGGACGAGGUUCUCAUCGGUCCGAGCGAGAUCCGCGUGCACACAACGAUUUUUGAUGGAGUACGAACUUGCGUUUUCUUGACUUUCUCAGUGUAGUUCAGUUUUUUGUUAUCCAUGACAGACGUAGUGUUUUAAAUU